AUGUUAGCAGCAUCAGCGAGACAUGCUGGGAAACAGAUAUGCGAAGGAACCAUAGGAACCCAUUCUACCGCGUUGGGGCUUCAGCACACCAAACCGACGCCAUGUCGAGUCGAAACGGCAGAAAUCUCAGUUCCACGUGCAGUUGACAAUCAUGAAUACUAUUUAAUUGUCGACGGUGCACAUGAGCAAAAUGCAGAGCACGGAGCAGCGAAAGUUCAGCUUCUGUUGAAGAUGUCAGAUGUCGUCCCGCUACCGCCACGACUACUUAUACUUCCACCACAUCUCCUUCUACUAUUACCACACUUUCUUCAACCACUACAUCUCUUCCUACUACCACCACUUCUACUACUACCACAACCACUUCCGCUAUCGUCACUUCCACUAGUGAGUUGA